UUUCCCAUUUCUUCAUUAGAUUUUCUUUCUCUCUUGGAAAUUGAUGGGCAAUAGGAAACACAAUUUCAAAUUCUCUCUCUCUCUCCUCUUAUCCUUCCACAAUAACCGAUACCAAUAGUGUCUUCCGAGCCUCUAUUUCUCUCCUCUUUUCCCUCUUUUUUCUUGCAGGGUUUAAUCGCUUCUUAAAUGGGGUUAGAUCAACUUCUCCUUUAGUUUAAUUCCUUGUAGACUUGAGAUUAGUCUAGUAGGUGUUGGUGGGGUAUCACAAAGAGUAGAAAAAUAAAUAAAGAUGAAGUCAAAGUCAAAAUUUUAAAAAGGUUUGGACUUUGAACAAGAUAUUUAUCAUCAUCUUUAUGCUAUAUAGCUUAUGAUUAGCUGUUGAUCAAAAAAAAGAAAAAGCUUAUGAGAAGCUAAAGUUAUGAUUAUUUCUUUAAUCAAAUAGCUAGGGCUUUGGAGAGAGAGAGAGGUUAAAAAAGGUUUUAAUCUUUGUUUAAGAAAAGGUUAAACAAGAUUAGGGUUCCAUUUCAGAAGCUCAAGAUCAAGUAGAUGGAGGUUAGAGAGAAGAAAGAUGAUAAAAUAGAGAUGGAAAGACGAAGACGACAAUCAUCACCUAACCAAAACAUUCAAGAUCAUCGUCGGCCUCCGUACACUUACUCCCAAACCGCCGACAAAGAGAAACCCACCACCAAAAGAAACGGGUCGGAUCCGGAUCCGGAUCUGGAUAUCAACCCUACUUCUAUAGCUCCAGCUCCAAGGUCAUACGCUCGGCCUCAAACAACUUCUCCGACAAGGAGAGUGAGCUAUAGAGAAUGCCAAAGGAACCACGCGGCGAGCUCCGGCGGACAUGUAGUCGACGGUUGCGGCGAGUUUAUGUCAUCAGGCGAAGAAGGCACGGCGGAGUCACUUCUUUGCGCCGCAUGUGAUUGUCACCGGAGCUUCCACAGAAAAGAAAUCGACGGCAUGUUCGUUGUCAAGUUCAAUAGCUUUGGUCAUUCGCAGAGACCUCUCGUUAACCGCCACGUGUCUCCGAUCAUGAUGAGCUUUGGUGGUGGUGGUGGUGGCGGCGGAGGAGGAAGAGAUCCGGCGGAGUCAUCGACGGAGGAUCUCAACAGGUUUCAUCAAGCUUUAAGUGGUAACGGAGUGGAUCAGUUUCAGUACCAUCCGAAGAAGCGGUUUAGGACAAAGUUUAACCAGGAACAGAAGGAGAGAAUGUUCGAGUUUGCUGAGAAGAUUGGUUGGAGAAUGAACAAGACGGAAGAUGAAGAAGUGAACCGGUUUUGUCGUGAGAUUAAUGUGAAAAGACAAGUGUUUAAAGUUUGGAUGCACAACAAUAAGCAAGCAGCCAAGAAGAAAGACAUGUAAGAGACAUUUUAUAUGUACUCAAUUGUUAUAAUAAAUUGAUUUUAGAGCUCAGUAUAAUGAUUUCUGAUUUUUACCGCAACAUGAGAAGCCUUUUCCGUUACGGAUUCAUAUGUGUAUUUUGACGAUCGCUUGACCUUAUGUCCUUGGUUUCUUUGAAUAUUUUGGACGCUCCA